AUGGCAAUAAAGUCUAACUGUAACAUUAAAUUAGAAUAUGAUAUGGUUCAGACAAAGCAAGAUUGCUUAUGUGUUUUGGUUUCUUUCAACCAAAGUUCUUGCUGGAAGAAGAAGCUUCCACUAUCUUAUGGAAGAAAUGAUCAAGUAGUAAAAGGAAUUUUUGUCAUGAAAUUGAUGAAAAACGAUCCUUUUUCUUCCAUUUCAAAUCAAAAGAAAGAUCAUGAAACUUUGAUUAUUGUAAUUUUGGUUCUUUUAGGAAGCUCUAUGCUUGUCAUUGUGACAUUACUUGGAGCAAUGUUUUUUGGGUUUCCUUACAACCGCAAGAAGAUAAAAAGUUGUAGAACCAACAAAAAUGUUGUUGACAAUAACUUGCGCAAUCUUAGCUUCAAGGAAAUCGUUGAAGCAACGAGUAACUUCAGAGAGGAACUUGGAAGAGGGUCUUGUAGCGUUGUGUACAAAGGAACAAUAGAGAUGAUGGUUGAUGUAGCCGUUAAGAAACUUGAUAAGUUGCUUCAAGAUAGUGAUAAGGAAUUUCAGACCGAAAUGAGUGUGAUAGGACAAACUCAUCACAGAAACCUUGUUCGUCUUCUUGGAUAUUGCAAUGAGGGACAACAUCGGAUUUUGGCUUACGAGUUAAUGAGCAACGGAACUUUAGCAAGCUUCCUUUUCACCUCUUUAAAACCAAAUUGGAACCAACGAUUCCAAAUUGUUCUUGGAAUUGCUAGAGGUCUUGUAUACUUGCAUGAAGGAUGUUGCACCCAAAUCAUCCAUUGUGAUAUUAAACCCCAAAAUAUACUUCUAGAUGAUCACUACAAUGCUAGGAUUUCAGAUUUUGGGUUAGCAAAGCUAUUGCUGAUUAAUCAGAGCCACACCGAAACUGGAAUUAGAGGAACCAAAGGGUAUGUUGCGCCAGAUUGGUUUAGGAGUGCACCAAUCACUGCAAAAGUUGAUACUUAUAGUUUUGGUGUAUUGUUGUUAGAGAUCAUUUGUUGUAGGAAAAAUGUAGAGAAGGAAUUUGUUAAUGAAGAACAAGGGAUUUUAACUGAUUGGGCUUAUGAUUGCUAUAAGACUAAAAGACUUGACAAUCUCUUAGAAAAUGAUAAUGAGGUCGGAAAUGACAUGAUGAGUUUGGAAAAGUUUGUCAUGAUUGUUAUUUGGUGUAUUCAAGAAGAUCCUUCUCUUAGGCCAACAAUGAAGGAGGUUUUACUGAUGUUAGAAGGAAUAGUCGAAGUUGUUGUUCCCCGAAGUCCCUAUCUUUAUGGUUCUGUAAGUUGUAAUUAA